AUGGCCUUGGCCUUCAGUGCUGGCGCCCUAGUGUUCGCAGGCGCUAGCGCACUCUACUCCUGGUACACCCAAGAAAAGGCCCAGCGGGACCAGGGCUACUACUACCUUCCACCGCGGGACGGCGACACCGCACCCGAAACGGGAGCGGCCGCGGCGUUCAAGUCAUCCUUCCUCGCUGCCUCUGCCGCCGCUGACGGGGCGAGGGAAACAGCGGCAAAGAAUGCGCCACCUCACAGCCCCGACGCACUCUCUGAUGGAUGCGGGGUGUCGCUCCCCGGCGAGGCGGAGGGUGGUCAACCUUGUGUCUGCUGUCUCGAGCGCCACCAGUCCUUCAUGUUUGUGCAAUGCCGCCACAUCUGCCUCUGUGAGCCGUGUCUUAUCCAGCUUGGCCGGGCCUACGAGGACAACAGGCUGCGUGCCCGCUUCGACGGACCAGUUCAAAUGCCAUGCCCUGUUUGUCGGACCGUCGGUUACGUUGUGAAGACAUAUGCCUCGUAG